UCCACCUACACCUACAUAGGUUGUUGAACUACUCACGUCAAACAAAAAUUAUAUUUUAUCUCAAAAAACGUUUCAAAAAUGUGGUGAAAAACCUAGAAUUAUUAUACAAAUAAAGAAAAAUGCUUGAUGAUGCCCACUACAUAUGUGCCGAAACGCCUGAAACUUACAGAUGCGAACUUUGCAAUUUCACAACCGACUUCAAACUCAUUUUGCACCAACACGCCCAAAACUUCCAUCACAAUUCACCGGGGAACGAAACCAGCAAAAAAAUUCAAAAAUAUAAAUGUUACAAAUGCGAUUUUAAAACGUUCUCAGUACUGUUGUGGUUCAAGCACAAUGUUCGCAAAAAUCUAGAAAUUGGCGAAUUUACAUCACCUCAAGCAACGCGUUUUGAAUGCACUUAUUGCCCAUUUAAAGCCACCCAAAAAGGGUCGUUAAAAUCGCACAUUCUCCGCAAACACACCCCAUCUGACGAAAUCCAAUGGUCCCAAUGCACACAAUGCGCUUUCAAAACCAAACUAAAAACAUCGCUAAAAAGACACAUCAAGCGCCAACACACCAACAGUGACGAAGUUCAAAUCAAGUGUGACCUGUGCAAUUAUACAACAAACCGCCAAGAUAAUUUAAGGAGACACAAAAGUUACAAUCAUUUGCCACCUAGUGUUAUCCACGAGUGUAGGGAAUGUCCGUUCAAGACGAAACAUGGGGGCGACUUGAAGCGCCACCACAUCAGACACCACGUAGCUUCCGAGGCCAUAAGUUGGCACCACUGUCACCUUUGCCCCCACCGGUCUAAAACCCAGUCAGACUUGAAAUCACACAUUCGGUUAAAACACGAGGGCGUUAAACAGGAGACCAAGUUCUCUUGCGAUUUUUGUCCGUACAAGACCUCGCAACAAAUUUCUCUCAAACGCCACAUCAUCAGACGCCACACAGCGCCUGAAGAAGUCGAGUGGUUUGAGUGUGACCAAUGCAACUACAAGGGCAAAUGUAAAGAAUAUCUGCGUGAUCACAAAAAAAUGCAACACUCUGAUAGCAGUGUCCAGAAGUUGGCUUGCAAUGAGUGUCCGUUUAAGACAAUCUCUGAGGACGAUUUGAAAAAACAUGUCGCUAAAAGACACUCUUCGAAGAAGUUGCACGAGUGUCCGCAUUGUUUUUUCACAACGCAUCUGCCGUUUUUACUGAAACGGCAUAUAGUUGUUGAACACACUGAGCCUGGGGAUAUCAAGUGGUUCCAGUGCGAGCAGUGUGACUAUAAAGGCAAACUUAAGUAUAAUUUGACGAGACAUGUCAAGUCGGUGCAUAAGAGUGGCGAGGCGAAGAUGAUUCACUGUGAUUUGUGCGAGUACAAGUCGAAGAAGAGGGAGAAUGUGAAGAGGCAUAAGAUCAGUAUACACCUAACUAAACAAAAAAUUCAGUAGGUGGUUUUUUUUGUUUACAGUUGUUAUUUAUUACUUGUAUUUACUAUUUGUUAAUAAAAAUUGGAAACCUG